AUGGGUGUACCGCGUUUCUACAGAUGGCUUUCAGAGCGCUACCCGCUGAUUAACGGCCCCGUCUCACGGUCAAACGCGCCGCCAGUCGACAACUUCUACCUGGACAUGAACGGCAUCCUGCAUAACUGCGCUCGCUCUGCAGAGAACCCGCUCGGUGGACGCUCGGACGAGGACAUCUACUGGGAGUCUUGCAACUACAUUGAUAUGCUGGUCACGCUCAUUCAACCCAAGCGUCUUCUGUUUCUUGCAGUUGACGGUGUUGCUCCGCGGGCUAAGAUGAACCAACAGCGCGCACGCCGCUACCGGGCAGCAACCGCGCUAGAGAAAGUGGCUGAGACGAGCCACCAACGCGGCAACACGACCCAGCGGCUGCGUACAGAGUCAGAGGCCGGGCCUGAUCGAGUGUUCGACUCCAACUGCAUCACGCCGGGUACCACUUUUAUGCACGGCUUGUCGCGGGCGCUCCUGUACUACGUAGCAGUUAAACUGGAGAGCGACCGCUCCUGGCAGGAUCUUGAAGUGAUCGUUAGUGGUGCUGAGGUCCCCGGUGAAGGUGAACAUAAGAUCAUGGAAUACAUACGCCAACUCAAGGAGCAGAAGCGCAUGCCGCCGAACACGCGUCACUGCAUCUAUGGGCUCGACGCUGAUCUCAUCUUCCUGGGACUGGUGACCCAUGAGCCUCAUUUUUUCCUCCUCAGAGAGAAAAUAGACUUUCAAGCUGCUUUUCGUAAGGUGCGGUUUGAGAAGGUCACGGCAACGAAAAUGGAUCGCGAUAUUCGUGGCGAUUUCGAACUGCUGAGUUUGGGGAUCCUGCGCGAGUACCUCAGUCUCGAGUUCGCGUAUCUCGAAAAGAGACUACCGGCCGGCGUUUACAAUCUGGAGCGCAUCAUCGAUGACUUUGUGUUUGUGGCCUUUCUAGUGGGCAAUGAUUUUAUGCCGCAUUCGCCUACACUGGAGAUUCGCGAAGGUGCACUGAACUCGAUUCUUUUUCUUUAUAAGGAAUUGUUGCCGCGCUUUGGAGGCUAUCUGACGGAGGCAACCGGCAAGGCUAGGAACCCAAAGUUGAUCAACUUUGAUCGCGUUGAGAUUCUGUUGUCGAAACUGGGCCUGCUUGAGUCGUACAUUCUCGAGAAGCGGGCGACAGUUGGCACCCGCGGCACCGCCUUUAUCUGGGGCACCGACAGUCCGAACGAUCAUACGGCGAUCUGGGGGUUUUCCAGUGAGCCGACUGCAGCAGCGACGGCAUCGAAGAAGCAGCGAAGCCCGUCAUGUACCACAGAUCCUACGCGAGCAAGUCUUGCCCAUGCAAACAACCCGGAUCCGGAUUCGGAAGCACCUAGCAGUUCGCCAGCAGACGCUGCAGCAUCCGUUGCACCCGAGCGCUCCCCGGGUAACGGCGAUGCAGCAGAGCUGGAGCCCGAGAUACCUCUCUGGGAUGAGGAGGCACUGGCGGUUGCGCUGGAGGACGCAGCUGACGCUCAGAAGCUGCAACGCAUGCUUUCGUACAAGCGCCGCUAUUAUCACGAAAAGCUUGGUAUCGAUUACGAUCACGACGCCGCUGCUGUACGCCGCAUUUGCCGUUCGUACCUGGAGGCGAUUGUCUGGACCCUGGAAUACUACUUGAACGGUGUGGCGUCGUGGCGAUGGUUCUAUCCCUAUCAUUAUGCACCAUUCUGCAGCGACAUGGUUGGUCUACAAGCGCUUGCUCAAGAAAUUCGUUUGGAGCAAGGGACACCGUUUCUUCCUCUGCAACAAUUGUUGGCAGUCCUGCCGCCGCGGAGUGCUUGGUGCUUGCCCCCCGCCUACGCGAAGCUCAUGACCGACACUUCGUCACCGCUGGCGGAUCUGUACCCGUCGCAGGUGGCCAUUGACAUGCAGGGCAAGCGAAACGAAUGGGAAGGGAUCGUACUGCUUCCAUUUAUGGACGAAAAUCGACUGUUCGCGGCAUUGGCCAGUGUACCGCCUGACGCGCUAACGCCUACGGAACAGGAACGGAACCAUCUGGGAUCCUGUAUUCUUCUUCGAUAUCGGCCGCAGGAAGGCACCAGUAACGAGCACAUGGACGCUGUGCUGUCUGCCGCAUCAGGUAUAGGGAGUUCCCCGUUCCCGAGUCGCAUGGCCCGUUCUCUGAGCGCCUGCGUCCAAAUGGAGUCGCUUUCUCUGCAACACGAGCGAGGAUUCGUUCCGCGGUUACCGCCGGGCACCAGGCCAGCAGCAGACAAGGCAGUUGGUCAUCCGUCGUUACUGCGGCGCGACGUUACGCAUUGUUUCGAGAAUGUUGCGAUUGACGUGUUCGGCGUACCGAGCAGACUGGAAAGCUGCAUCAUAUGCAUGGAGACCCCGCAGGCGUGGCAUGAGGCACACGCUGCGCAAGCCUGUGCGAACGCUUUCUUAUCCGGGGUAGCUGAUGCUGGUGCUGCUGUUAGUAGUCUUGACCAGAGCCGAACCGGCCUCAUGGUACCGGUGCAUAUGGGUUUCCCCUGGCAGAGUCCAGCACUGCUGGAAGCGGUGGAAAGCGCCACCGAACGAGUGACCUGGGACGCCAACAAAGCGCUGAUCAUCGAGAGAAAUGACCCGCAGCGUUUCCGUCAGACGGAUACAACUUUAUUGGCCGAACUACUGCAGCGACGAGGUAUCUGCCUGGAUAAGAAUAGCCUGCACGGUCGAGUUCGACGCAUUGUUGAGAUCGCUGCGGGUGGCGGUGUCACCGAUGCCGCUACCGCGGAGUCAUUCCCGCUGGAGCUGAUCGAAGCUAUCGAUUCGAAGGAAGGAAACGAAGCGAGUUCGUCAACGGAGCUCAAGCCCGGAGACACUGUCAUAUACGUCGGCAGGCGACAUGGAGAGAAUGCUCGCUACUUUGGUUGCCGGGCUCAGGUUGUCGCGAUACGCGCUGCAAAACUCGCUCGCAAGCGCAAACAGGCCUCAGACGACCAAGUGGAUACGCAGGUGGUGAUUCGCGUGUUGGAGCCUCCUUUAGUGCCGAUUCCGGCCCUGAAAGAAAUCGUGGCUCGGAACGAUGCCGUACAGUACGCACCGUUGCCUGUCGCAUUGCGACGUGCUGGAUUGGAAGGCGUCAUUUCUCUGCGUUUUGCCGGCAUGCUCACGGGCAAGGUGCGCUGUCGGAUUCCCAAACACGAACGAUUCGGUGAUUUGCUCGAAGUCAAUCUGGGACUAGGUCUCCGUUUCAAGCGGGAAAAGCUUGUUGUGCCCGGCUAUGUCGUGUAUCGCCCAGUGCAGGAGAGGCCCGCGGGCGGUACCACCGCCGGAAACGCCCCACAGGCCAGCGAGGGCACCUUUCUCUUUGCACCCGAGCCGACUGCGCGACUCUUGCGUUCGUACCACGAAACGUUCCCGGGACUGUUGGAAAGAAUGGACGAGAUUGUUACAAAGCGAGGUGACGGCGACCUGGUGCUGAAGGCAGUGGAGCUCUUUGGUACAGCCCAAUGGCCCGAUAUGGUUGCUCGCAUCCAGACCUUCCUGCGGUCGCUGGAGAGCGCGCGUUUGCCCCUAGUGCGCGUGACGUCGCGAGUGCUCACUCAGGACAUUGUCACCGAUAUUCAGACGCAGAUCCAGCGUAUUGCCUGCGAACGCUCUGCAUCGUUUCCCGCCGAAACCCCACCGGUGGAAGCCGCAACGCCACCCACUGCUCCAACGCUCGUGUGUCUGCGUUCGGAGGUGUUGCCGGGUUUUCCGGCAGUGGCGACGUCCACGUCCGGCUUGGUGACACCCUUUUCAGCUUACGAGCUCGGCGAUCGCGUUCUGUAUGUAGGACGUAGUGGUGCUGUUCCGUUUGGCGCUCGAGGUGUCGUUGUUGGUAUUCAUCCACCAAGCAGAGAAGUGGAUGUUGUUUUCGAUCAGGAUUUUAUAGGCGGAAGCGAUCUGCAGGGAAGAUGUAGAGGAUGUGCGGGUAAGACACUCGAUGCGGAGACUACGCUGCUGAACCUCUCGCGCCUACCAAGCGAGCAUCGCUCAAGUCAACCUACAAAGAGCGCACACCCGGUGCCCGUAGCGCGACAGCGUGAUGCUCCGUUGCGGAAGAUGCCACGAGCGCCUCCUUCGGAGCGCACACACUCAGAGAAGCGCCACGAACGCGUCCAAGUUCGUGGUAAUGCUGGAGUGCGCACUGCCGACUUGUUACCGGGUACGUCACGUGCUACGGUCGAUGCGCAUCACCGGCAGUCACUGAAUACAUCGACGGGUAGCUCGAAAGAUACAACUCGGCGUCGUGCUGGUCGACGCGAGCCCCACGAAGUGCGAUCGUCGCACCAGGGUGACGGUAAGCGAGCCGCUGACGCCGGACGCUUCCGAACGCGACCGCAAGGAUCUCCUCCAAGUAGGCAGGACGCACACCGCGCAACACCCGCAGGGCAUACACACAUGUCAGGUGCCGGUGCCAGUACCGCAACGCUCUCUAUUCCGGUGUCGGCUGACAGCCAAGUGCAUGGAGCUGUCGUCGGUCAGAGCGCUUCGUCGCCACAUCGUGCACAAGUGGCUGAGGAGAUGUCCCUGUACCUGAAGCAGCUCUUGCGGAUCGAUGGACAGGGCGUGGUGCCACCACCGCCACCCUCAGCUAGGCACACCUAA